AUGAACGCGAUUCUCAAGAUUUUUGUCAUUUUGCAACUUUGCUCGUGCAUUGCCUCGAUGAGCCUUCUCAACGCCUACAGAUCUGAAAGACUCGCUCGAAGACGAUUAGGAAUGUUGAACACCGACUUCCGUCCAAUCUCGCAUCUCCGCGGAGAGGACGACUGGCAAGUCCAAAUCAACGACAAAUUCUCUCCCAAUCAAUUCAUGGAUGAGAAUGGUGUUGUUUACGACAUGGACCCAGCUAUCAAUGAUAGAGUUGCAUCAUUCUUCAACAGCCCUCGUUCCAACGCCCGUUUCGGAAGAAAACGCCGCUAA